GCUCUCUUUCUUCACUCUCUCUGCUUUGCGAUCGUCGUUUUGUAUUAAGUAUGGGGGCAUUCAGAGUUCUGUGCGGAAAGCUGAUCAAUCUCAGAACCCAACUCCAUCAUUCUCCUCAGAACCUUUCGAUUCCGGCCACCCUGCCCUUCCGUACAUUUCCAUGGCGGUACACUCAUUGCAGAACUCUCAUUUUGGAGUCGGUGUUUCCUGAGUCUGUCCGUCUUCACCGACUUUCAGACUCCGAUUCUGGUAUUGUUGAGGUACAUUUAGCCAGGCCUGAGGUGAAAAAUGCCAUUGGCAAGGAUAUGCUGAGGGGACUGCGUUAUGCCUUUGAAUCAAUUGAUAGCGAUCCAUCUGCCAAUGUUAUGAUGAUCUGCAGCUCUGUCCCAAAGGUGUUUUGUGCAGGUGCCGAUUUGAAGGAACGUAAGAAGAUGACUGCAUCAGAAGUUCAUUCCUAUGUCACUUCACUGCGGGCUGCAUUCACAUUUCUGGAGGGACUGUGUAUUCCUACUAUUUCAGUUAUUGAAGGAGCAGCAUUCGGUAGUGGACUUGAAAUGGCUCUUGCGUGUGAUCUUCGGAUAUGUGGGGAAGAUGCCAAGCUCAGCUUGCCAGAAACCGGACUGGCUAUAAUUCCUGGGGCAGGUGGGACUGCAAGGCUUCCCAGGCUUGUUGGGAAAUCAAUAGCAAAGGAACUUAUAUUCACUGGUCGUAAGGUCAGUGGCAGAGAUGCUCUAUCUAUAGGUCUUGUCAAUUACUGUGUCCCUGCUGGUGAAGCUUAUGCAAAGGCACUGGAAAUUGCCCAAGAGAUAAAUCAGAAGGGUCCACUAGCAAUAAAGAUGGCAAAGAAGGCGAUCGAUGAGGGGCUCGAGAGAGACCUGGAAUCAGCUAUGGAAGUAGAAGAUGAAUGUUACAAAGAACUCUUAGACACGAAAGAUCGCUUGGAAGGAUUGACAGCAUUUGCCGAGAAGCGCAAGCCGAGAUAUCGAGGAGAAUAGAUAGCUUAGGUACCUGAAAUGAGAGAAGCUGCAGAAGGUGAACCAGUUCAGGUUGUUUAUGUAUUAGUGAUGCUAUUAUAAGCAGCCUUGCAUAGCCUAAUGCUGCACUCAGUGAUAUCUAUGUCCUGAAAUUUAGAAUUGUUCUCUGGUGGGGCUGGCUAGGAGUGCAAGUUGAAAUCGACAAAACCGAUGAACCCGAGUAUAAAAUGGGUUUAGUUCGACUUUGAUUCAGCUCGGUUUCAUCGAUUUUGUUGGUUUAAACUUUGCUCUUAACCUCAAGAAAAUGAGUAAA